AUGGAAGCUGAUGUCGUGGAAGAUAGCAUUAAAGUGAUCGUCAGGAUGCGACCUCCUAUCGCAAGGGAAUCAUCAGCUGAAAUAUACUGGAAAGUUAUCGAUAAUAAUACUAUUGUUGACGGAGAUGAGAAAAGUUACAUGUUUGAUCAAGUAUACCGUGAUGUUGAUCGAACACAGGACGUCUAUGAUAAAUCAGCGAAGGAUGUAGUAGAAUCGGCUAUGGCCGGUUAUAAUGGGACUUUAUUUGCUUAUGGACAAACUGCAUCUGGUAAAACAUAUACCAUGUUUGGUACGGAUAAUGCAGAAGGCAUUGUUCAAAUGGCACUGGAUACAAUUUUUGCAAAAAUUUUAGAAGGAAACGGUAAACGGUACAUGUUACGCAUAUCGUGCAUUGAAAUUUAUAACGAAAAAGUGCGAGAUUUGUUGUCUGAUUCAGUCGCUGAUUUACCGGUAAAAGAAUUCAAAGAGAAAACCAUAGUGGAUGGUCUGCGAGAAGAGGUUAUUGUUUGCAAAGAUGGUGUUGCAAUGUUAAUCCAACGAGCAUUUGCAAAUCGUGUAAUUGGUGAAACUGCUCUUAACGAGCGUUCAUCACGAUCACAUGUUAUUCUUCGCUUUGUAAUCGAAUGCUACGACGAUGCUGUUGCUUCGGAUUCCUCUUCCUAUAUUUCAUUUUUGAAUGUGGUAGAUUUAGCCGGUAGUGAAAGUGCGAAACAAUCGGGAGGGGACGGUGAUCGUUUAAAAGAAAGUGGCAAAAUUAACACCAGUCUAUUGGCUUUACAAAAAGUUAUAAAUCAAUUAAGUGAAAAAGGUCAUAAUCAGUUUAGGAAUGGUCAUGUCAAUUUUCGUGAUUCAAAGUUAACGCGUCUAUUGAAGAGUUCAUUGGGUGGUAAUGCACGAACAUUAAUAAUCUGCACUGCUUCACCUACCGAGGUUACGCAAACCUUACAAACACUCAGGUUUGCUGCACGUGCAAAGAAGAUCAAGAAUAAACCACGAAAGAAUUGGAAUGCUGAAGGGAUGUUAACGCAAUAUAUUCAAACCAUUGAACGUUUGAAGGCAGAAUUAGAAGAAAAUCGGAAAAACGAAACUGUAGAGCUUGAAUUAAUGAACAAAAAUAUCGAAUUAAGCAAGGAAGUCGAGCGUUUAAGAAAAUGUAUUCUUUCGAGUCGAAUGCUUCCACAAUCCACUCAAAAACUUAGCGAUCGUCGUGCUCGAAGGCAAACGUGGGGUGGUAACUGGGCUCAUCCAGGUACAGACAUGCUUCUUCCAUAUAACAAUUCGGAUCCCCGCGUGCAGUUGUAUGAGAAUCCUGUUGCGGAGGGGUCAAAAGUUAGUGCUAUUGAUGAAGUAUCAGAACAACCAAAUGCGAUGGCCCUUUACGAUACAUCAGUGGUCGCAUUUACGACUUUACGGCUCGAUGGUGAUGAAGCAGACACUGCGACUGAUUUUCAAGCAUCAGAUCAGAGUAGCAAUCAAGUAAGCGAAACUGCAUCUACGGUUAUCAAAACAGCUGACGAUACCGAAGACCAACAAUCAUCUAUGGCAAACUGCGUUGCUCAAGAUGGGAAACUAUCUACAGCAAAUUCCUCAUUAGCUGCCCAAAAAAUGAGUGAGGAUGAAUCGCUAAGUCGCGGUGAAGAGGACAUUGAAGAAGACUUGACACAGUCAAGUCCGUUAAAUGAACUUAUAGAGAAAGUAAAUGGUUUGGAAUCUCUGACUGUUGAGCUGAAAGCAGAAAAUGAGCAUCUGAAGGAAAAAUUACGCUGCAAAAACCGAAAUAUAAGCUGGCUGGAGAAGCAGUGCGAUGAUGCCGACAGCAAUGAAACAGAAUUAAGGGAGCAAUUAUAUGAAAUGCAAAAAAUGAAUGAUAAAAAUCUAUCGGUUAUUACGGCACUUCGGAAUGAGAUUGUACAAAUGAAGGAUUCAAUGAGAGCUUCUAUUGAUGCAAAUAUCGAAAAUAAAGAAAAUUUAUUUCGUUUACAAAAUGAGAUUAACAAAAAGGAAAAAGAGAUACGCGAAAUGAAAGGAGAUAUUGCUCUAAAGGAUCGAAAAAUUAGCGGGUUAUUACUGGAAUUACGUCGGGUAACAAAUAAACAGGAAAACAUAGCAGAAAAAGCACGCUUUCGAGAGGAUGAUAAUAAUUUAUUUUCCAAGGAAAUGAAUUAUGCUAACGCUCCAAUGAAACGAACAAACCGAUAUGCGGUAGAAAUAGAUUCAUCGCAGUCAACACCAGUAAAACAUUAUCCAGAAUGCAAAACUCAGUGA